AUGGGGGCCGCCGGGGCGCUGCGGGCCGCCCUCUGGGGCUUGCUCCUCCCGCUGAUAAGUGCCCAAGAGGGAAUUCUUCAUGCUUUUAGUAAUGACAAUCCUCUGUUAAAAAAGGAGUUCUGCAUAAUGUAUAAUCCUUUUUGGACCUCUCUUCCCCAGUCCUUAAGUAGUGCGACGCCUACAAAAUUGAUGGACUUGACCUCCACAUUGCUCUGCAAUGCUUCUGAAGUUCCACCUCAGACCAUGAAGGACAAGGCGGUUGUAGUGAUGAGGGGAAACUGCUCGUUUUUGGAGAAGGCAUGGAUCGCUCAAAACCAGGAUGCUAAAAUACUGCUGGUUGCCAGCAAAACCGGUCUAAAUGCUCCUGGAGGCGACAGGACCGUGUAUAAAAAUCUCAGCAUUCCAAUUGUCCUUGUUUCUUACAUGGAUGUUCUUGACAUUAAUGCGAAUCUUGGAAAUAAUGUUAACGUGACGUUAUAUUCACCACCUUUGCCAAAGUUUGACUUCAGUAUGGUGGUCAUAUUUCUAAUCGCUGUGCUCACCGUGGCCGUGGGAGGCUUUUGGAGUGGAAUGGACGAGCUAGAGCAACUGAAGGCCGCCGAGUGCUCCGAAAACAGGGAAGUUUCAAGGACGUCUUCAGAAACUAUAAUUUUAAGCCCUGUUAAAGUUCUCGUGUUCGUUGCCCUCUCUUGCAUCAUGUUAGUCUUGCUGUACUUUUUCUACAUGGUCCUAGUAUACGUCAUUAUUGCUGUUUUCUGCCUGGGAUCCACGAUAAGCCUCUUCAUCUGUCUUGCUGUUCUAAUGAGAAAAAUACCUUUUGGACAAUGCAGUUUUACAGUAUACAACGUAACCGCUGAAGUGAGGCUCAUUUUCCUUGCUGGAUUGUGCAUAGCAGUCACUACAGUUUGGGUAGUGUUUCGGAAAGAAGACAGCUGGGCUUGGAUUUUACAAGAUCUCUUGGGAAUUGCUUUCUGCCUGCACUUUAUUAGAACUAUCAAAAUGCCCAACUUCAAGUCCUGUUUUAUUCUCCUAGGCCUUCUCCUUGUGUAUGAUGUAUUUUUUGUCUUCAUUACACCAUACCUUACUAAAAAUGGGGACAGUGUAAUGGUUGUAGUUGCAACAGGUCCUUCUAAAGACAGUGAAAAGAAUUAUGGAAACUUGAUGGAAGCCUCGGCUGAGCGGUCAGCUCCUCAUGAGGAAGAAAAAUUGCCGGUGGUCAUGAAAGUGCCCAGGCUACAAUUCUGUACGCCGAUGAUAUGCGGCGUGCCCUUUUCGUUGCUUGGAUAUGGCGACAUUGUUAUACCAGGACUCCUGGUGGCCUACUGCCACAGGUUUGAUGUUCAGACAAGCUCUUCCUCUGUGUAUUAUAUUUUCUGCACUGUAGCCUACGCUGUUGGCAUGUUGCUCACGUUUUUGGUCCUGUCCCUGAUGAAGAUGGCGCAGCCAGCCCUGCUAUACUUGGUGCCGUGCAUCCUCGUCACCAGCGCCCUCGUAGCCUGGAAGCGCAAAGAGAUGAAGAAGUUCUGGGCAGGCAACGAUUAUCGGGUGAUGGAUCCUGCGGAUGUUGCUGCUGCUGAAGAAAACUCAACACUAUCCAGUGAACAAUGUGGAGGACAGUAG